AUGGUGCAAAUGGACGCCGUCUUCGCUCCUGUGGAGGCUGCCGCUGCCGUCGCUGGAAACCCAAAACUCGACAAGGCCCGUCGCAAACUGCUCGCCAAUAAGUACCCCAAGGAAGUGUGGUAUUUCAUUGCUUGCUUUAUCUUCCUCGUCGGCAUCGGGAACGUGGGCUCUCGUCUCUUGGCGAGGCGAAGACAGACGGCCGUGCCAAGAGACUCAGAAGACCGCAACGGUCCAGCGCGCGGUGCUAUCGCGUUCCGGCGGCUGCCCCUCGCAGUCGUGAACGCCUAUCGCAUCCUUGCUUUUCGAUGCACGGUCCCUAUCGGGAACAAGUACACGCUCAACGUCGCCGAGCUGCUCAUAACCGCCACGUACAUCAUCAUCUUAUUUGUUUGGUCUCUGAUCAACAGUCAGCUCUGCUUCCUCCCGACCCCCCUGUACUGA